AUGUUGGGCAAAGCCGAGACCAAGAAGUCUGUCGCAACAAAUGAGCUCGCACAGUCUUGGUGGCAGACGGCGCGUGCUGUAAUUGGUGCCUGGCGUCGCUUUAUGGUCGUUGUUAUAUGGCCCCUAGUGCCUGGGGUUAAAUCACCCUUCGGCAGACGGACCCUUGUAGACCAGUUAGAGGAAUGCAGCACUCCACUUGAAAGCGGAACACCGUCAUCAAAGGAGCGGAAUAAUGCUGUUGAUGAAGUUGGAAAUGUGCUGAAUACCUAA